AAUCGUCUUUGGAUCUGCUUUUGGAAAUUUGAAAUUUUGAAAUUUUUGGUCGGAGAAGUUAUGGCGGCAGCGAUGAAUUCGUCGGAGAAGAAGGAUGAGAGCUCGGAGGAGAAAGGAGGUGAGCUUUUGUUCUGUGGUGCUACGGCUUGGGAUAUCAUUGGAAAACGUAAAGGUGCCAUGGAAGGUAACUUGGUCUCUCCUACUCGUUUAAGACCACUCGUCGGCGUUAACAUUCGAUUCGUCGCCUCUGGUUGCGCUUCGUUUCAUUGUGUGGCAUUGGACGUUGAAGGUCGUUGUUACACUUGGGGACGCAAUGAGAAAGGUCAGUUAGGUCAUGGAGAUAUGAUUCAACGUGAUAGGCCAACAGUUGUGUCAGGACUCUCUAAGCACAAAAUUGUGAAAGCGGCAGCAGGGAGGAGCCACACGGUAGUGGUUAGUGAUGAUGGACAGUCUCUAGCUUUUGGCUGGAAUAAGUAUGGGCAGUUGGGUUCGGGUUCAGCCAAAAACGGGUUUGUUUCUGUAGAAGUUGAAUCGACGCCUCUUCCCUGUGUUGUGUCUGAUGAGGUCACAAACGUUGCCUGUGGGGCUGACUUCACAGUGUGGUUAUCAUCUACUGAAGGAGCCUCUAUACUGACUGCCGGUCUCCCACAGUAUGGUCAACUUGGUCAUGGAACUGAUAAUGAGUUCAAUAUGAAGGAUAGUUCAGUUAAACUCGCCUACGAAGCUCAGCCACGACCCAAAGCCAUCGCCUCUCUUGCAGGGGAAACCAUUGUCAAAGUUGCAUGUGGAACAAAUCAUACUGUGGCCGUAGAUAAGAAUGGAUUUGUUUACACGUGGGGCUAUGGUGGAUAUGGAAGGCUUGGACAUAGGGAGCAGAAGGAUGAGUGGGCUCCUCGACGUAUUGAUGUGUUUCAAAGGAAUAAUGUUUUGCCUCCUAAUGCCAUUGUUUCCGCUGGCUCUGCAAACUCCGCGUGUACCGCUGGUGGAGGACAGUUAUAUAUGUGGGGAAAGAUAAAGAACAAUGGUGAUGAUUGGAUGUACCCCAAACCAAUGAUGGAUUUAAGUGGUUGGAACUUGCGUUGGAUGGAUUCAGGAAGCAUGCAUCACUUUGUUGGUGCCGAUAGUUCUUGCAUUAGUUGGGGUCAUGCUCAGUAUGGAGAACUUGGUUAUGGCCCCAAUGGUCAAAAAUCCUCUGCAGCGCCUAAAAAGGUUGAUAUGCUCGAGGGAAUGCAUGUAAUGGGUGUGGCAUGCGGUUUUUGCCAUUCAAUGGUCAUAGUUGACAGAACAGACAUCGCUGAUCGGCUUGAGCAGCUCGAGAUUUACGAUGGGAAAGGAUCAUUAGAAGAGAGUGUAGAAGAAGUCAAGGAAGAAACUUUGGCACCAAAACAACAAGCUGCCAAAAGAGGUGCUUCUAAAAAGAGGAAAACAUCAAAAGCUUCAUCUGAUUCUGAACAAGACAGUGAUGAAGAUAACAGCGACAAGGAGAAGGAAGUUCAAGGUAGUGACGCAGACAGUGACUACAGUGAAGAUGGAGAAGAGGCCAAUGGCAAGAAACAGAGCGCUCGUGGGAGAGGACGUGGUCGUGGAGCACGUGGACGCGGCGGCCGCACCAGUAACGGAAAGGCUCCGCCGGCGAAGACCGGUGGAAGAAGAGGAAGGCCACGUAAGUCUUAAAACGACUCUGACUCUAAACCUCGAUGUGGUUUCUUUUUAACAGUUUUUGUUUCUUUCUUCACACAAUGAGAGGCUAAAAAUCACUUUUUAAUUUUUUCUAUUGAACAUUUGUUUUAAGCAUAAUUCUCUGGAGAAUUUUUAUCAG